UAUUCCGUCCACACCCGCCUCACCGGCUGGGACGCGAAGCGCGCGUCGUGGCUGCGCACGCGCGGGCUCGACCCGGCCUCCCCCGCGGUGACCCGGCGCGUGGUGAUGGUGACGGGGUCGCAGCCGGAGCCCUGCAGGGGUGCCGGCGGGGACCACGCGUUGCUCCGCUUCCUCAAGAACAAGCUCGACUACUGCCGGCUCCACGGGCUGGAGCUCCUCUACAACACGGCGCUGCUGGAGCCGUCGAUGGUGGCUUACUGGGCCAAGAUCCCCGCCGUGCGCGCCGCGAUGCUGGCGCACCCGGACGCCGAGUGGGUGUGGUGGGUCGACGCCGACGCCGUCUUCACCGACAUGGACUUCUCGCUGCCGCUGGAGCGGUACGGGGGCCACGACCUGGUGGUGUACGGGUGGGACGGGGAGGUGUACGAGGAGCGGUCGUGGGUGGGGCUCAACGCCGGCGUGUUCCUCAUCCGGAACUGCCAGUGGUCGAUGGACCUCAUGGACGCGUGGGCGCGGAUGGGCCCGGCGUUCCCGGAGUACGCCGCGUGGGGGAAGACGCUGCGGGAGGAGCUCGAGGGGAAGCCCAACGACGAGUCCGACGACCAGUCGGCGCUCGUGUACCUGCUGUCCAAGCACCCGGCGCGGUGGGGGAACCGGACGCUCCUCGAGACGGGGUACUACUUCCAGGGGUACUGGGCGGAGAUCGUCGACCGGCUCGACGGCGUCGCCAAGCGCUACGAGGCCGUGGAGCGCGGCGGGAGGGGCGGCAGCUCGGGGCUCCGGCGGCGGCACGCGGAGCGGGAGCACCUGCGGUACGCGGCGGCGCGGGACGCGGCGGUGGGGAGGUCGGGAACCGUCCCCGGCCCCGCGGGCGGCGGGCAGAAGGGGUGGCGGCGGCCGUUCGUGACGCACUUCACGGGGUGCCAGCCCUGCGGCGGCGCGCCGGACCGCAAGUACACGCGGCGGCGGUGCGCGGAGGGGAUCCGGCGCGCGCUGGCGUUCGCGGACGACCAGGUGCUCCGCGCCUACGGGUUCCGCCACGCCGCGCCGCUCAGCGACAGCGUCGUGCCGCUGCCGUUCGACUACCCCGCCGCCGCGCGGUGAUGAAUUGAUGGCGGGUUGAUUGGCCGCGGCGGCGGUGGCGGCGGGAUGGGUGAUUAAUAGUAGUAUGAAGCGAUACUUUAUGAAUGGAAAUGGAAGCGGGCGUCAGUGUGCUGUA